GCACUUCCUGAUAUAAGCUUGCUCCUCUGAUUGUGUCAUGCAACGGGGCAUCCGCUCUCAAAACAAGCCAAACAAAGAUCUUUCAGGCUGUCUUCCCCAUUUCUCACGGAGUAGUUGAAGAAGCGACUUUUUCCCAGACGGGUUGUAACCUUGGCAAACAAAAUGGACUACAGGAGUGCCUUGGAGGUGUAUAAGGAGAUGGUGCUGCUGUACAUAGAGGAGGCUCGGCGCUUUGUGAAUUCUCAAUGUGCUGGUCUGGAGCCAUGGCAGAUCAUUGCGGCCACUUUGCUGUCCACGCUCGGUGCGGUGUGGCUAAAGGGCUUCCUUUUCCAGCAAGAUAGCCUGACGUCAAGAGUAAAGAAGCAAUUCUUUAAAAUCAUCAGAAAAAUCCCAUUUGUCGGAGCAACAAUUCAGACUCAGCUCAACAAAGCAUUGGAUGACAUGUCAGUGAGUCUGUGCACCCUGAAGGAAGGCAUGAGCUACACCAAACACCUGCCAGCACAAGGCCUCACCCACAAACAGCUCCUUGACAAGAUCAGGGAAUAUGAGACACUGAGUGAGGUAGACUGGGCGAAAGGCAAAGUGUCAGGUGCAGUCUACUGGGGGGAUGAGAAGCUCACAGAUCUCCUGGUGAAGGUGUAUGGUGACUUUGCCUGGACAAACCCCCUCCACCCAGACCUGUUCCCCGGGGUUAGGAAGAUGGAGGCAGAAGUGGUGCGGAUGGCGUGCGCUCUAUUUAAUGGAGGGCCAGAUUCCUGUGGCACAGUUACCUCAGGUGGAACAGAAAGCAUCCUGAUGGCAUGCAAGGCAUACAGAGACAUGGCUCAUGAACGUGGCAUCAAACACCCAGAGAUCAUUGCUCCCGUGAGCGUCCAUGCUGCGUUUGACAAAGCUGCACAUUACUUUGGGAUGAAGCUCAUUCACGUACCUCUGGACAAGAAGACCAUGAAAGUUGAUGUGAAGGCCAUGAAGAGGGCCAUCUCUAGAAACACAGCAAUGCUGGUGUGUUCAACUCCUCAGUUCCCGCAUGGAAUAAUGGACUCUGUAGCAGAAGUGGCAACGCUUGCUGUAAAAUACAACAUCCCAUUCCAUGUGGAUGCAUGCUUGGGUGGGUUCCUGAUAGUAUUUAUGGAAAAAGCGGGUUUCAAACUUGAUCCCUUUGAUUUCCGGGUCAAAGGUGUGACCAGUAUCUCAGCUGAUACACAUAAGUAUGGUUAUGCUCCCAAAGGCUCCUCAGUGGUGCUCUACAGUGAAAGGAAAUAUCGCCACUACCAGUAUUUUGUAGCGCCAGAUUGGCAGGGAGGAAUUUACGCGUCUCCAUCCAUGGCUGGGUCUCGGCCUGGAGGCAUAAUUGCAGCCUGUUGGGCUACUAUGAUGCACAUGGGUGAGAACGGAUACGUUGAGGCCACCAAGAAAAUCAUUGGGACUGCCCGCAAAAUCAAAGCAGGAAUCCGUAAAAUAGAUGGGCUGUUUGUAUUCGGGGAUCCAGAGGUGUCUGUGGUGGCAUUAGGCUCCGAUGAUUUUGAUAUAUUUCGCUUAUCUAAUGCACUGACUUCAAAGGGCUGGAAUCUCAACUCUCUGCAGUUCCCAUCUAGCAUUCAUAUUUGUGUCACAAUGCUACACACACAGCCUAGUGUAGCAGAGCAGUUCGUCAGUGAUGUGAAGAGAGAAGUAGCCAUCAUCAUGAAGAAUCCUAAAGAGAAGACCACGGGAAUGGGAGCCAUCUAUGGCAUGGCCCAGUCCAUUCCUGACCGAUCGAUGGUGACUGAGGUCUCACAGGGCUUUUUGGACUGCCUCUAUAGCACUGAGGUGCCCAAGAUACAGAACAAGCCCCACAAAAACCAUAAGAACCACAUGAAUGGCAACUCCAAAGUGCACUGAGAUUAACUGCCAGGGUCUCCA